AUGUUCAACCACCCAUGUUCUUCUUGCUAUCAUCGUUAUCAUGCUUUUGAGGGGCAAAACCAGAUACCCUUUUACGAGAAUCAGCUUCAAGAGGCUUUUUCUCGUGUUUCAUUAACACCCCACAAUAAUAAUAAUCCUGAUUUUUCUGGUCAACGGUCAACCAUAUUCUCUUUCGAUGAAGAAGAACAAGGGUACGAAUACAAGUACCCUUUUGUUUCUCCUAAUCCUUCAUCCUAUUUGGUGCCUCCAUCGAUGCAACAUUCUAACACAGUUCCAACGAGACUUAUUCCAAUGAAUGAGUCUUUGAUGAUCAAUGGUAAUAAUAGCAGAAGAAAUGUCCAUCGUAAUUUCAAUGGUACUAGGAGUCCACAGAGUUGGUCUCAGCGUCCUUGUUCGUCCGUGAAUUAUUUGAGGGGGAAGAUUCUGGAUUUGGCCAAGACUCAAUGUGGAUGCAGGGUUUUGCAGGACACCAUGAAAGGGUUAACAUCAAAGGAAGAGGUUUCUGUUUUUUUCCAAGAGCUUGUUGAUCAUAAUGUGAUUGAGAUGAUGGGGCACUCUUUUGGGAACUACGUUUUUCAGAAGUUGGUUGAGAUUUGCAGUGAGGAACAAAUCACUACCAUUGUUUUCAAUGCGACUAAGAAUGUCCUUAAGUUUGUCAAUCUUUGCCUUGACAUUCAUGGUACUAGGUCUGUUCAGAAGUUAUUGGAGCAUGUUACAAACCAAGAACAAAGAUUAUGUAUAAUGUCGGCGCUGACACCAAGUGUUGUUGCUUUGUCUACUAACACCAAUGGUCUUCAUGUGGUUGAUCACUGUGUCAAGCAUUUCUCAAGUGAAGAUACCAAGAGCUUUUCCUUGCAGUAUAUGAUGAACAUUGUAGCAACAAAUUGUUUCAAGAUUGCAACAGAUAAAAGUGGUUGCUGUGUAAUUCAGCAAUUUGUUGACCAUGCUCCCGGUGAAUCCAAAGAUUUAUUGAUGGCUGGGAUCAUACUAAAUGCUCCACUUCUCGCCGAAAACUGUUAUGGGUUUGUUUUCUUCGCUUUAUAA